CCGGGAAUUCAAGCCUCACCGGUUUAUAAGAAGAGGGGCAGGCUGCGGCGCACAACACACUCAGAGUGAUCAAGAAACGGGAUUGAGAUGGAUUGUUCAUCCCUGUGGUUAUUCUGCUUCCUCGUAGCUACCGCAAGUACACAGAGUAUAAGGCUACCAGACAUGCCAGCUGAUCAAAGUGACUGCACCACAUCGUCAGGAGUGCCUGGAGAGUGUGUCGACGUUCGCUUUUGCCCAAACACUGCUCGCAGCCUUGACCAUGACACGCAGGCCGCCUGUGGCUUCAAUGAUACAUUUCCAAUCGUCUGCUGCACUACAGUUGCAGACAACAGCGUUGACCGUGUUCAGGACAUCUCUCCACCCACAGUUGAUUUCGAAUGUGGGAACAAUGUAGGCAGAGUUAUACGAUUGCAAGAAAUUAGUCCUGGACCAGAAAAAUUUCUGCGAGCGGACAAUGUAAUUGUCUUCCCGGAAGGCACUGAGGAAAGUUCCAGGAGACCUGUUACUCGAGCUGGCUUUCUGGCAGGCGAAAUUGUAACCCACAUCAUAGGCGGCGCCAUAGUAAAGAAACAUUCUUGGCCUUGGAUGGCACUGAUAGGAGAGAGGGACGCUGCGGAGAUCAGAUGGUUCUGCGGCGGAGUGUUGAUCAACCAGCAGUGGGUACUCACGGCGCAGCACUGCUUCUUCCAACACACAGCUGACAUAGUCCGCCUUGGUGAACACGACUACAACGACGAUAACGACGGGGCGGUUCAUCAGGACAUCAAGGUGGCUGACGCAGUGCCGUUCCCUGACUUCGCUCAUCCUAAAGCUUAUCACGAUCUGGAACUUCUCAAGCUGGUCACAGCAGUCACCAUACAGAAGUUCAUCAGUCCCGUGUGUUUACCUUGGGGCAGCGAGAGCAGCAUAGAGCUAUUAGGUCAACAGGCAACACUGGCAGGCUGGGGAGAUACGCUUUUUGGUGGGUAUCCCAGCUCCAUCCUGCAAGAGGUCAACGUGACAGUGUUCUCUUCUGACCAGUGUGACCGCAGUUACUCUAUCUUGUCCCAUUAUGCACAAACCUGGCCUCAAGGCAUCGGAGAGGAGACAAUGUGUGCUGGAGACCCUGAGGGAGGGCGCGACGCUUGCCAGGGUGACUCAGGCGGACCGAUUAUGUCUCAGGAUGCUCUUGGACGAUUCAUGUUGGCGGGUAUCGUAUCGCAAGGUUACGGCUGUGGCAACAAGGAAUAUCCAGGACUGUACGUUAAUGUACGGAACCCUCUCUACCUCGCUUGGAUAAAAAAAAUUGCGUUUUCUUAAAUCACAUCAUAUUGUUAAAGGUACUCUUAGAAAUACAUAGACUAUAAAUAAAUAAAAAAAAAAAAAUA